GCAGACUCAGCCCUCGGAGAGCCUGAGUUGAAAGGCGCUAUGAAAAAGGAAACACAUCAUUGAAUAAAAUGGUUAAACAUUUUGGCCCAGAGUCGCAAAGGUAUUUAGGUUCCUAAUAUCCAUUGAAAGCAAUCGAAGUUCCGACCCUAACUACCUUUGUGGAGCCGAGCCUUUGGAACUCACGCCGAAGGGGAACAUUUCACGCAACAAACGAAGGCCGUGAUCCACCAAGCUGCUCCACGUGGAUGGGCGUCUGUGAUCGCACAGAACCUGGCCGAUGGAUUUCAGUGGGGCUCCAGAGACUUCCCCUGAAACAGAGACAGAGCGUGAGAACUCAAGCCAACAUGAAAAGCCUGAAGGCCAAGUUUAAGAAGACUGAAAGCCAUGACUGGGGUAAGAAUGAUGAGAAGCUCCUACAGGCCGUGGACUACAACGACCCCGAGAAGGUGACGUCUCUACUUCUCCGCAAGGGCCUGGUCCCCACCAAACUGGACUCGGAGGGCAAAUCCGCGUUCCACCUGGCUGCAAUGAGAGGGAACGUGGACUGCCUGGAAGUGAUGCUCGCUCACGGAGCGGACGCCACGACCAUAGACAGCUCGGGGUACAAUGCGCUCCACCUGGCCGCGAAACACGGCCACCCACAGUGCGUGAGCAAACUGCUGCAGGCAUCUUGCCCGGUUGAUGGAGCUGACAGCAACGGCUGGACAGCGCUCCACCAUGCAGCUGUCAGCGGCUGCAUCUCAUGCUCCGAGAUUCUCUGCGAUUUCAAGGCCUCCUUGAAUACCAAGGACAAGGAUGGCUCCACCCCUCUGAUCCUGGCAGCUAAGAUGAGCCACUCGGAGCUGUGCCGGUACCUGCUGCAUCGUGGAGCUGCUGUGAACAGCAGAGACCAGCAAGGCAGAACAGCCCUGAUGCUGGCCUGUGAGAACGGCAGCGUGGAGACGGUGGAAGUUCUCAUCCACGCCGGAGCGCGGGUCGGCCUGGUGGACGCCAGGGGCCAGGACGCAGCGCGCUACGGCCUGGCCACGGGGAACGCCUUGAUCCAGCACUACCUGCAGGACGCCUCCCAGCGCCACUCCUGGGCCAGCGGUAAGGUGCCUGGGCCAAACCCCGUCCUUCCCGAGGUCUCAGAGCACCAUGCGGCAGCGUCUCACCCCUGCCCAGGGGGAGGCGCUUGCUGCCCCCCCGCCCCCCGGUCGGGUUUUGCUGGGAGAGCCUGGAGCCCUCUCCCAUCGGUGUCUCCGCAGACAGCGUCGCCGAGCCAGUCUCUGCCCAGCGAGAGGAACGGCACCCCAAGAAAGAGGAAAGCCCCUCCGCCGCCCCCCGGCACCUCCAGCCAGCACACCCCACACUCUCCGGAGCACAGCUCCCCUUCCACACAGCGGAGCAGCCGGAUAGUCACCGCCAAGCCUGCAAGGGCUCGCCCUGCCCCAGCUGACACGGAGGACAGGGAGGCCUACGAGGAGAUCGUCCGGCUGAGGCAGGAACGGGCUCGGUUCCUGCAGAAGAUCAAGGGUUUGGAGCAGAAGCGGGAGCGGCUGGAGUUGGAGGAGGACUCCCUACGCUCCAUGGAGAAGCAGAUAAAGGAACUCCAGCAGCAACUGGCGGACAGCGAGGGGGAAAAGGAGCAUUUGGGGAAGGAGAUUGAAGUGCUCCGGAGCCGCCUGUCCUUGCUGGAGAACGAGAAGGAGAACACCAGCUACGACAUCGACACGCUGCAGGACGAAGAGGGGGACCUGCUGGAAUUCCCAGGGGCAGAGCUGCUGCUGUCCAAGAAGACCCUGAGUCUGUCCACGGAGGAGCUGCUGGCCACGCUGCAGGGCCAGGUGCAGUCGCUCACCAUGCAAAACCAGGAGCUGCUGGAGAAGAUACAGAUCCUGGAGAAUUACGAGAAAGACGAGAGUGACGUGGGCCCGGCCGAAGACUUCGUCCCCAUCGUCCUCUACGACUCCCUCAAGUCGGAGUUCGACCGGCUCAGGGAGCAGCACGCCGAGGCCCAGGCUGCCCUGCAGGCCCUGGAAGGCAGCGGGCCCCACGGUCCCUCCUGCGAGCUAGUCCCGGUGGAGGCUUACAAGCAGCUGAAGGCUGAAUACGAGGCGCAGAUCCAGGCCCUAGAGGAGGCGCUGCAGAGGAGUAACGCCCCAGCUGAGCCCGAGGGGAAAGGCCAGGAGCCGGGCCAGGCCGGGGUGCCGGCAGAAGGAAGCAGCCGGGAAGGAGGGGCUGGAGAUGCGGCUGUGGAAGAGCUGACCAAAAUGCUGGCUGAGACGCGGGAGAAGCACGAGGCGGCCGUGGCCGAGGUGCGGCUCCUGCGGGAGCAGAUCCACCUGGGUAUCCUGUCCGUGGAGGAGCCGGAGGCGGCGGAGAGCUCCGGGAGCGAGCUGGAGACGGUGAGGGCAGCUCUGCGGAAAGCCCAGGAGGCCCUGCUGGAGAGAGACCAGAGGGUGAAGGACCUGGAGGGGCGCCUGGACGCCCAGGAAGCAGCAGCCGGUCGAGGCCGCUCCGCCGAGGAGACGAGGGCGGCCCUCAGCGUCUCCUUGGGUGAAGCCGCCGCGGAGAAGGCCGAGCUGCUGGAGAGGUGCCGCCAAGCGGAGGCAGACGCGGAGCAGCUGAGGAGGAGGGUGGAGGAGGGAGCCGGGGAGCUGCAGCGAGCGAUGGGACACCUCUCAGACAGCCAGAGGCUGGAGGAGGAGAACCAGCAGCUCCGCGAGCAGCUAGACAAGCUGAGGGGGCAGCACGAGGAGGUGCAGGCCCGGCUCCGAGAGGAUCAGGGCAAGAAGGAGGAGGAGCUGAGCGCCCUGAAGGAGCAUCUGGCUUCCGAGAGCAUCUCCAGGCAGGAGCAGGAGGAAAUGGCGGGGGAGCUGGGCCGGUUGUUGGCCGAGUCCAACAAGAAGCGGCUGGAGCUGGAGGAGAGCCACGGCGCCGCCCAGCGGGAGGCGAGGGAGCUGCAGCAGGCGGCAGAGCGAUACAGGCGGGAGUGGGUCCCGCCGGCCGAGCACGCCCGAGCUAAGGAGGCCCUGGUGGGCAGCGUCCGGGAGCUGAAGGCCAGAGCCCGGGAGCUGGAACAGGACCUGGCCGCCAAAGCCCAGGAGGCCGCGCGGCUGCAGGGCGAGCUGGCGAGCACGCGGGAGGGCACGGUCCCCAGGGAGGAGCACGAGCAGCUGCGGUGCAGCCUGCAGGCAGAGGUGAGCACGCUGACCCUGAAGCUGAGCGACCUGGAGCGCAAGCACGAGAAGACGUGCACGGAGGUGUUCCAGGUGCAGCGCGAGGCCCUCUUCAUGAAGAGCGAGAAGCACGCGGCCGAGGCCCAGCUGGCCGCCGUCGAGAAGCAGCUGCAGAGCCUACGGGCCGAGUCGGGCCGGAUCCAGGAGCUGCACGGCCACAUCGAGGACUCUGCCAAGCUGGUCAAGGAGAAGGACCGGAAGAUCACCGAGCUGUCCAAGGAAGUCUUCAAGCUGAAGGAGGCCUUGAACAGCCUGUCUGAGCUCUCCGGCCAGGGGGGGGCCCUGCCCAAGGCGGCCCCGCAGAAGCAGCAGAACCCGCAGGAGGUGGUGAAGCUGCAGGGCACGAUAAAGGCCUUGGAACAGCAGCUGGCCGAGACGGAGACGCACCACCACAAGGUCGUCUCGCUCUACCGGAGCCACCUGCUCUGCGCGAUUCAGGGCCACAUGGACGAAGACGUGCAGAGGCUCUUGUACCAGAUCCUGAUGAUGCAGCGGCUGCAGGAUCAAGGCAGAUGAGCGCCCCGGGGCGAGGGAGCCCGGUUCCUGGUUCCGAGCCGGGGACUCGCACGCAGAACCGGCUGGAGGCCAGCGGCGGGGCGAGGCCCUGCGCACUCGCUUCCUCACCGAGAUCAAGGCACCCGGGUGACCCCGGGGGCGGCGCCUUUGCUCCCGUUCCUGGGCAGCCUGUGGUGGGAGGUGCCCGUGGGCGGGUGGCUGGAAGGUGCCUCGUGGCAGGUCCAGGCCCUGCUCACGCUGCCCUUUCUAUCGGUGCUUUCACCUCAGCAGCCUCCGAGACGGGCCGGGGGAACCGGGCGAGGGGCCCGUCCUCGCUCGGUGGGCAGAAGGGGAGAGGCUGCGGUAACUCACCAGCUCCUGCCUGCGUCUCUCAGCAGAGAAUCCACAGCAAUAAACAGUUUAUACUCACUCA